AUGGCACAGCCUGCAACAAGCCUAGCCGACUUCUUACAAGAUUCUUCAACAUUUGACUAUGUCAUCGUUAGUAGUAGAACAGCCGGGCUGGUGCUCGCAGCUCGAUUGACGAAGAUCCAACAGUUCGAUAGACCAUCCGCAGAGGACAUCGGUAACUGGGAACAGCUUGGAAACAAAGGUUGGUCAUGGGCUGAUCUCGCCCCGUACUACUUCAAAAGUGAGAUGCUGGAUGGAGAUGGCAGAAAGCGAGCACCUGGUAAGCGGACUUCUACAGCAAAGAGCCUGUCUUCCAUGGCCAUUCUGCAUUCGACGAGGUUAUCCCGUGUGCUUCGACCAAAAGAUCCAUGGAGCGGCAACCAUCUUGGUUUCUACGGCACACUCUCAACAAUAACUCGUGAUGGUGACAGGGCUAUUAGAAGCUAUGCAGCUACGGGAUACUUGAUGCCCAACAUUCACCGCAAGAACCUCAAGAUUUUGACGGAUGCGACAGUGACCAGGGUAAUAAUGGAUCAAAGCACUGAUACUGCGCGUGGUGUCGAAUUUUGGUUCGAUGGUGUUUCUCAUCAAGUUUUUGCAACGGCAGAGGUGAUACUCUCGGCGAGCUCGGUUCAUAGUCCCCGACUCUUGGAGCUUUCAGAAAUUGGAGAUCCCAAGGUUCUGUGUGCAGGCGGGAUAGAGUGCGUUGUACAACUUCCAGAUGCUGGCAACAAUCUCCAAGAACAUCCUAUAACAGCCGUGACUCAUGAUCGUGACUGAGAGGUUUUGCAAUGGAGUUCUUCACCAAGGAAGGGAAUCAGGAUUGGGUGUUCAGUGACAUUGCGAUGUUUUUCAUUCGGGGCCUUAGAAAGUUCCCAUCCUUGAAUCGAUCUCAUAAGCGUCACCAUCAAACCAACCUCGUGGAUCCAAACAUGUUCUAG